AUGGCUUGCGAUGGAAUGGAAGGAGAUCUUGUUGUUUGCGCAGUAGUCCAUGACGUUUUUAUCUUCUGGUUGCUUCCUAAACAAUUGCGACUGGAGGUCGUCGAGUGUUUUGAAGACUUUGGCGUUGUCGCAGAUCAUCCAUUGUGGGAACCCGUUUGUCGCAACGAAUCGCCGAAUUACAUGGAGAAGUGCUGCUGUAGACAUGCUGGUUACUAUCUCCGUAAAAAUAGCUCUAGUAUUCAAGCAGGUUAUCAAGAUGAUCCAGUAUUUGGAUGUAGUCAAGUUAUCAAUUCUGAAGUUGAAGGGUCCCAUGUAAUCCAUACCGGAUCGCUGGAACGGAUACUGUGGUUUCGUUACUCUUUGUUUUGGAUGAAUAGGGAAAUGAGGUAG